UGAUAAUGAAAGAUUAAUCUGUCUCGUCAUUUUUUGUAACAGAAUGCGUAAAAUUAAGGAAACACAUCGAUAUAUUAUGACAUAUUAUGAUAUUCAUAGCUUACGUUAUUAUCAUCGCUUGCGUUAUGUCCGUUACGAUACAAAAAAGGGAUGAACUGAAAUGAGCUACAAAUUCAAAUGUCACAUCGUCACAGUCGUGCUUCUAAAUUUCGACCAAUCGCGAUAGGUCGGCUCGAUCGUGCGUGCGCGGAGGUCGACGCGUCUCCACAUUUAUGCGAGUGAUCGAUAUAUCGCAUGAACCUCCGUAUCGACCUCUCGAAAGUCAGAAGACGCACGCCGCUGUCGUCGGAAAUAAUGCACUCGAUUGCACUCGGUCGAUAAGGGAGGCGAGGCGAACAGGUGACGACAUCGUUGUCAUACUCGUGAUUUCAUAACACGCCAUUUUCUUUGUGUGAAGCGCUGGAGCGCGGAGGUGUUUUCACAGGCCGUGUUCCCUGACGAGUUCCCCAGCAAGUAUGGCAUCUCGCAAGAAAGUUUUGCUGAAAGUAAUUAUCCUUGGGGAUUCGGGAGUUGGGAAAACUUCUUUAAUGAAUCAAUAUGUCAAUAAGAAGUUUAGCAACCAAUAUAAAGCGACAAUAGGGGCAGAUUUUUUGACUAAGGAAGUGAUGGUAGAGGAUAGAAUAGUAACUAUGCAGAUUUGGGAUACCGCUGGACAGGAGAGGUUUCAAUCGUUAGGAGUGGCUUUUUAUAGAGGCGCAGACUGUUGUGUACUGGUAUUUGAUGUAUCUGCUCCAACUAGCUUCAAAUCUCUAGAUUCAUGGAGGGAUGAAUUUUUAAUUCAAGCCUCGCCUCGAGAUCCAGACAACUUUCCGUUUGUCGUGCUCGGGAACAAAGUAGAUCUUGAAUCAAGAGCAGUCUCAAGCAAGAGAGCACAACAGUGGUGUCAAUCAAAGAACAAUAUUCCAUAUUUUGAAACUAGUGCAAAAGAGGCUAUCAAUGUCGAGCAAGCUUUCCAAACGAUAGCUAAGAAUGCUUUAGCUCAAGAAAGUGAAGUCGAACUUUACAAUGAAUUCCCGGAUCAAAUCAAAUUGACCAAUGACCAAAGAAGCAAUGGUAGAAGUGAUUCAUGUGCUUGCUAGGUCUUGGAACAGUGGUAAUAUCUCAAAUGACUAAUAAAGAAUGCACAGGUCAGAUACACUCACAUCACCUGCGGCAUAAAGGACGCGGAGAAUAUAUUGCGAUGAGCUUUAUGUGUGCAGGAAGUUAUAAAAUUUCUUUCUUUAUCUCAACAUGUUAUUAUACAAUCUUCCUCUGUGUCCAUAAAACAAAAAAAACCGUCUCAAUAUAAUUCUCAAUAUAA